AUUGCGUUGCUAUGAGCUGUCGCUCCCCCUGCGGCGGCGGCGGCAGCGGGCGGACCGGGCGCCGAUCCUGUGCCUGCCUUCCUCCUGACUCCUGCCUGUUUCCUGGCUCCUGCUGCCUGCCGCGCGGGCCAGGCUGUCCGUCCGGCGGCCUGGUGGCACUAGCGGGGCGGAGAGGAUGAGCACGGCGGGACCGGGCGGCAGCAGCAGCAGCACAAGCGGCGGCAGCAGCAUCAGCGCAAGCAGCAGCAUCAGCAGCCGCUGCCGCGGCGGCGGGGCCGCUCACUGAGCCAGGAGCACCGCGGCGGACGCAGGGCAUGGAGCCCCAGCCCGGCGCCUCCCGCCCGGCCGCCGAGGAGGAGGAGGACGGCGGCGGCGGGUCCGGCGGGCAGCCGGAGGCGCUGUCGCUGGAGGAGAUCCUCCGGCUCUACAACCAGCCCAUCAACGAGGAGCAGGCGUGGGCCGUGUGUUACCAGUGCUGCGCCUCGCUGCGCGCCCGCGCCCGCCGCGGAGAGACCCCCGCCGCCAGGCUCGGGGCGGCGGCCGCGCAGCUCCGCGUCUGGCGGGACGGCGCCGUCACCCUGGAGCAGGACGAGCCCGACCGGCCGCCCCCGCCCGCCGCAGAUAAAUCAGGCCAUUUACACUGCACAGAAAUGGAGGUUAUUGAAUCACUAGGGAUUAUUAUAUAUAAAGCCCUGGACUAUGGUUUGAAGGAAAAUGAAGAGAGGGAAUUAAGUCCUCCGCUGGAGCAGCUUAUUGACUACAUGACUAAUGCCACAGAAACAGAUGGGAGUAGGGAUGAAGGAUAUGAUGCUCUGGAUGAAGGAGUGGAGGAUGAGGAUGAUGACAAAGAAGAAGUUGAGGCCAUUCACUCCUAUAAAGAUGUCAUGAAGCUGUGUGCUGCCCACCUGCCAACGCGAUCGGAGGCGCCCAACCACUACCAAGCUGUGUGUCGGGCUCUGUUUGCUGAAACAAUGGAGCUCUACACUUUCCUGGCCAAAAUUAAAAGUGCAAAAGAGAACCUGAAGAAGAUCCAGGAAAUGGACAAAGAGGCAAGUGAUGAUUCCAGCACGGAUCUCGAUGAACUGAAAAAUGCUGACUGGGCCCGUUUUUGGGUGCAGGUGAUGAGAGAUUUACGGAAUGGGGUUAAACUGAAGAAAGUCCAGGAGCGUCAGUACAACCCACUGCCCAUAGAAUAUCAGCUCACUCCCUAUGAGAUGCUGAUGGAUGACAUCAGAUCCAAACGCUACACCUUAAGGAAGGUCAUGGUCAACGGUGACAUCCCACCUCGAUUAAAAAAGAGUGCCCAUGAAAUAAUCCUGGAUUUCAUCCGAUCACGACCUCCACUAAAUCCUGCCUCAGCAAGGAAACUGAAACCAACGCCGCCGCGGCCGCGCAGCCUCCAUGAGAGGAUCCUGGAGGAGAUCAAGGCAGAGAGGAAGUUGCGUCCAGUCUCCCCUGAUGAGAUAAGGCGGAGCAGGCUGGCAAUACGGCCACUUAGCAUGUCUUACAGUUUUGACUUGUCAGAAGUACCGACGCCAGAGGCUGGCAGAAAAGUAGCGGAUGCCUCUGUAGUGAACGGCAGCCCGGCACCCCAGGGAAAGCAGAACGGGGCCACACAGGCGACAGUGCAACGCAAGAGACUCCUGAAGGCUCCCACACUGGCUGAGCUUGACAGCUCAGAUUCAGAGGAGGAAUCAGUGCACCAGUCAGGAAGUAGCAGCAGCAUCUCCCCCUCACAAGUGGAAGACCCCUCUCAAGAAGGCACCAGCAGCAGAAAGAUGCCUCCAAAGUUCUUGCCCAUAUCAUCCACGCCGCAGCCCGAGAGACGGCAGCCGCCGCAGAGACGACACUCCAUUGAAAAGGAAACACCAACCAAUGUGAGACAGUUCCUACCCCCUUCAAAACAGAGCUCCAGGUCACUUGAGGAGUUCUGUUACCCCGUGGAAUGUCUGGCUCUGACAGUGGAGGAGGUCAUGCACAUCCGUCAGGUGCUUGUGAAGGCCGAGCUGGAGAAGUACCAGCAGUAUAAAGAUGUCUACACUGCUCUCAAGAAAGGAAAGCUCUGCUUUUGCUGUCGAACAAGAAGGUUUUCUUUCUUUACCUGGUCUUACACUUGUCAGUUCUGCAAGAGGCCUGUAUGCUCACAGUGUUGCAAAAAAAUGCGGCUGCCAUCGAAGCCAUACUCCACCCUCCCCAUCUUCUCCCUGGGACCCUCAACCUUGCAAAGGGGAGAAAGCUUCAUGAGGCCAGAGAAACCCUCCACCAGUCACCACCAUUCCCUGCGGAGCAGGUUGACCUCAAGGUCCAAGUCUGUGGAUAAGUCGCACGAAGAGUUUCCCAAAGAAUUAAUGGAGGACUGGAGCACAAUGGAGGUUUGUGUGGACUGCAAGAAGUUCAUCUCAGAAAUCAUCAACUCAAGCCGGCGCAGCCUGUCCCUGGCCAACAAGCGAGCCAGGUUAAAAAGGAAAACGCAAUCCUUCUACAUGUCCUCAGCAGGAACCUCGGAGUACUGCCCCUCGGAAAGGACGAUCAACGAGGUCUGAGCCUGUGCCUUCUGCUUUGCUUCAGCUCCACCAGGUCAUCAUCCAUCAGCCAGGUCACUGGGUCUGGAUCGUCACCCCGUUGCUUUGUUCCACCUGACUGGCUUGGGUUUGCCUUCAGUCACAGGAUUUCCUGCUCCAGCAGCUCCCAGAGACACAGAGCUGUGCUGGGAUCUGUGCAGGGCGAUACACGACGGGGCAGCUGCUUGCACUGGGAGACAUCAACAGUUGGAAAUUGUUGCCUCUUUUGUAUGUGUGCGUCGAAAUGAGAAAGCCUUUUCUCACUUUCACUCUUUUUUUAACCAUGCUUUGAAUCAUUUUUCAGGAGAUGAGCAGGUGUCUGGUGGAGAACCAGAUCUAGCACAGUGUCAGCACCAGCACACUAGCAAGCAGUAGGUCCUGCUGCAUUCCCACCCUCGGAAUGCUCACGCCCAGCAGGCACCCAGCAUGAGCAGCUCCAGUCAGAUCCAUCUCCCUUUGAGCCAUUUGGUUGCUCUGAGAUCAGGGCUCAGCACGGGACUCUGCAGUGUCAGUGUCCUGGGGCAAAGCAGGUGACAAAGCUCUUGGCCCGUGUGGUCGGUCGUACCCCUGAGCUGCUGUACUUCUUAAGCCUUAGUGUCCUUCUGAGUGACUCCUGAGCAGGUUUUAGUAGUUCACUUUCUAUCUUGAAUGUAUGAUAAUGACUACUAGUAGCAGUGAAUUUUAGUAGUAGACAAAGUUGUACAGUUUAUGGGGAGGACGGGAAAUAAGGGAGGCUUCUAAUUUUAACUGAAUACCUGUAAAAUUGUUCUCGUGGUUACUCAGAGAAAGCAGUGAGUAAGGUGUACAUUUGUAUUAUAAUGGAGCACACAGAUACUGCUAGAGUUCUGUUUGACAGCAUAUCCACUUGUAACCCCAUUUUUUCUGGGGUUUAUAACUUGGCUGUAAAAAUUCGUGUUUGGCUGAAAUUUGGGACAGUGCUCUCUCAGAUUGGGAGCAAUCUCUUUUUUUUCUUUAAUCUUUUUUUCGUUCUUUCCCCCUUUUUAAUUCACUCACAAGGGAGUGCUAGACUAAUUGUGUAAAAGUUCCAACAAUUUUACAAUGUUAACUGACUUCUCAUGCUUUUUUGCACUUUUUUUUACAUUCAGAAUACUUUUUUUUUUUUUUAAUUCAGUCAUAGCCAGAGUUUAGUCAAUAAUUUGGGGCCAGAUCUUUUUGGUAUUUAAAAACAAGCUAACAUAGCCAAGUUAUUAAUACUUGAAAUCAACUACUGUAACUUUUUUCAUAAAUUUUUUAAUACCCUGAGGCAUAUUUAAUAUCUAUAUAGCAGUGUAUUAUAGAAUGACAUAGCAGAAAAGUUUCAGAUCUAUUUAUUAACAUUUCUAUUCUUCGAGUUAAUGAGAGAUACCUCAGAACUGCUCCAAAGUAGCUGGGACUGGACUUCCAUAACAUAAUUUUAAAGGUGUAUUAAGCAAAACAGCUUCCUCUGUCCAAAAAGCCCAAGAGGCAGACUGCCUCUCUGGCCCUGGCAAGGCACAGUGCCCAGGCUGGGAGGCACCAGGGCUGCUUGGCUCCCAUUUGGCAGCCUUUGGAGCAGCCAUCCAUAUCGUCUCUUUUAGGCUGAUUGGAAAAGCACAUGCAAAAGUCUCUGUAAACCUUCCCAGAGAGUCAGCCAUCCUUAUUUUUUUCUUAGAAGCCCCCUUGGAAAAUGAGAAUUAUCACAUAUGUAGGGCUUAUUGAAAUAGUUUCUAUUUUUUUCUGAACCAAUGCAAACAGGAAAAGCAGGGCUCAGUGCUAUCUCUCCCUCCUUGCUGUCCCAUUUAAGGUCAGGUGUCACAGCCCUCUCCUCAUGGUACCUCUGGAAAAGUGUCUUGCAUGUUAAGGCACCUGGAGUACUGGCAUGGGAUAGGGAUGUAGGAUUGCAGGGGAGCAGCACAGGCUGGCUGGUGGGAAAGGUUCUGCUGUCGCUGGAAGGGUUGCCUGAUCUCAGUCACAUCAGCACUUUGUCUUGUUUCUGUGCCAAAACCAGGCUGUGUGUUUGCUGCACAGUGCACCAGGGGAACCAGACAGAAACAAAUGCAGGAAAUCUCGCUUUGCAUCUGCCUGUUGUUGUCAGGAUUUUUUCAUGGAGAUGCCCAGGCCAUGUUUCAGUUGCACAGUCCUCUGCUCACAGUCUGCUUCCCUGGUGUCCUCAGGCCACUGAGGUGCCGGGCAUCCAGCACAUUUAUUUUCCUCUUGGAGAGGUAUUUGGGAUGUUGUAGAGCAGGCAGGAUGAAGGACUAAGUAGCUCCUGAGCAUGUGAAGGCAAACAAGUCUUUCAUGCCUGUGCCCUGCCCCACUCUGGCAGUGUCUGGGGGUGGCUCUGGGGCAGUGGCAGAGCUUUGUGAUCCAGCCUGUGCCUGCCCUGAAGUCUCACAAGUCCCUGGCUCAGGACAGGCUCUCCUGUGCUGAGCAGGGCACAAACACUGAAAAACAACCCAGUGGUUGUACAGAUGGCUCCCCAUUGCUGCCAUGGGCCAGGGCCUGGACAACCUCCCUUUUUCCCUGGGAAAAACCCUCCAAGCUGCUGACACGUGCUGUGGCAGGCUCCAGAAGACACGGUGUGGAGGGCUGCCUCUCCCUUGGCUCCAUCCCUUCCUCCCUGGCACAGUUGCUCCACAUUAUCCCAGCAUUUCAUUCUGUGAGCGGAGGAGCAGCGGGUUGGCUGGUCGCGGGAAGCCUGAAGGAGCUCGGCUCGCUGGUUGCCUGGCUCUGCAGAGGGGGCUAUUUUUAGCUUUCCAUCUCCUCCCUGCCUGCACCAGCAUCCCAAAUGCACUGCAGCCAUUGGCCCAGCAGCCCGUGGUGCUGCCCAGCAUGUCCUAGUUACGGGCUGAACUUCACGUCAGCGUCGGAGGGGGAAAUCAGAAGCUUGUAAAUAUCUGUAAUAUAUUUAUUAAUAUUUAGGAAGUCUCCAUCAAUCAUGCAAUGGGAAUGGAAUUUCCCAUGAUGUUUUAAAAAGGAAACGAGUCUUAUUUAUAUGUGUGUUGGCUGUUAUCUUUUAUUAGAGUUAAUGCUUUCAGCCCCCUAAUACAGUUUGCACAUCUUAGAGCGAAUUACUGCUGAAAAGAACGCGGCACUAGCACAGAGAACUCUGUUCCACAAAUUUUAAAAUUAUUUUCUUUGGGUUUUUUUAGCUUUAUUAGUAUGCCCAAGGUCUGUUAAAGUUUUUCAUAGGAGACCCAAGGAGCUAAAAAUGCCUCUGGCAGCAUCAGUCUUGUUUUGUAUGUGAACCUGGUUGUGGGGAAUGCAAAACCAGCUCUGCCUCACGGUGGUGAUGAAAGAUGUGAGCAGGCUUUUGCUGCAGCUCUCAGACCUGACCUUUCAAGUGUUCAUGGUGACAGUAGUGUUUUGAGGGGUUGUUGGGGUUUUUUUUUUCCUUUCUCCAUUACUUCCUUUAUACAGGGAGGGGUGUUGCCUGGUAAAAAUAAAAUGUCUUUCCAUUAUAACCUUUGUCUGUGUUAAUUAUUCAUGGGGAAGCUGAUUUAAAGGUUCUGUCUCUCUCUUUUUCAUGCUUUUAUAGUUUUGUAAUAUCAGUCAGAUGUUUCUUUUGGUAAAGAAUUGUUAACAAAAAUGAUUGCAUAACAGCUGAACACUGGCUGGGCUGCAUGAAGGGAUGAAAACCUGUCGAAGUACCUUUAGAAUAGCAAUAAAAACUGCUUGUGUAACCUCAGUGAUGUGAUUAACUCCUUGUCAUCAUCUGCAGCCAACUCCCUCUGUUACCAGUGUGCUGCUUCUUCCAACGCUGGCGGGCUGUACCUGAGGCAGCACAUUUGUCCUGCAUGUAAUACAGGCUUUGGGAAAUCUCCAUCCCUCCCUCAUCAUUGGGAGAGAAAUGCUGACAGUCUUUUGGAGAGGUUCUUGAUGGAUUUGGUUUAGUUUUUAAACCAGAAGUGGAGAGAACAUUAUUAUCACAACUCUGACAUUGUUCUCUCUUCUCUCCUGAGCAUCCCUUUUUCCUCAGUCAAGUUCAGCAUCAGCUUCCCUGGUUCGUUACUGGCUGCAUGCUCUAUAGGUUAAAACUUAUUUAGAACCUCCAACUUUAAACUCCUGAUUGCUGCCUUCCUGCUUUACUUCAUCCAGCAGCUCUGCACAACUCUUAGGAAUGUCUGUCUUACAGCUCAGUCUCAUCUGUGAAACAGUGACAGCACACAGGCAUGAGAGAAAGGUGCUGCAACUCUACACUCUGGUGCUAAGGCACAUGGAUUAUGUUCAUGUUACCAGAAAAUUUUAUACUGUUGCCAUGUUGAUAACUUGGAGCUGCUCUGGUUUAUUUCUUCUUUUGUAUAUGUGUAUCUUAAGGCCAGUCUGAGAAUGUUUAUGAAUACCAAUUCCAGCUAUAGAAACCUUUUUCAUUGUUUCUGUCUGAUUUUUACUAUUGUGUUUCAGACUUUUUGGGUACCUGUAAUUACUAUUCCCCAGAACUUCCUUGUAGGAGAGCCAUGACAGAGGGGCAUGAGCUCAGCCUGGUGUGACACACAGCACAGAAGCCCCAUGCUGAGCGGCACCUGUGAGCUCCUGCAGCCUGGGCCUUCCCUGUUCCCUCACCUUGAUAUUGAAAAAUCCCAGAGCUGCCCAUGUUGCCCAGCUGCCCUGGCACAUGUUGUGAGCUGCUUUGUGUCCCAGAGUCCCCAGCUGCAAAAUGACAUUUCAAAGUGGUUACAAACCAUUUAAAGAAUUUUGAGAGCUGCUACUGAAGAGCUGAGUGCUCAGUGUCAGAGCUGAAAGGAUCCUGCAGUGCAAGUUUCCAUCUGCUUUCAGUACUGGAAAACAAUUAGCUCUACUUCCAGGUGAAACAAAUUCCAGAGAGAUGAAACUUGACAAUACUCUGACAAGCAAAGACUUGUGAAUGAAUUUUUCCAUGGUAGGUCUGCACUCAACAAAUGUCAUGGGGUGUAAUCAGGAGAAGGAGCUAAACAGGCAUCAAAUUCUAUGCAGUAGUAGCUUAGACUGUUUAUUUGCAAUAAAUCAAUUCAGUAACAUUCCAGUUUCUUCCCUAGUCAGGCUGUUCUGCAGUGGCAGUGCCUGCCUGAACUGAGUGUCAGAUGUGAGGCAGUCCAGGCUCUGUGUCCUGAGGUAACAGGAGCUGCUGCUGUCUGCACAGGGCAGCGAGAUGGGUUCUGUAGAACAUUUCUAGAUCUUUGGAACAGCCCUUUGGAACAGACCCUUCAGAACAGGCCUUACUAUAGCUAAUUUAAAAAUACACUUGUAAACAGGUAAUUUUUCAAGGUGCCAGACUGCUACUGUAAACUCACAGCUAAAAAGGAUUAUUGAUAUACUGUUUGAUUAUUGAUAUAUUUGAUUUUUUAAAAAACCAACCCAUAAGAGCACUCAGUAUGAAAAAAACAUAUUCUUGGACCCUCCAAUGCAGCUGAAGGUGUUUCCACUAAGCUUCAGGUCCUCUCUGCAUUUCUCUAACCAGUGACACCAGUGCUUAGAAAUGGGAGCCAGCAAUGCUUUGGCUUUUGCAGGACAGGCCCUGGGCCAGACAGUGCAAUGUGGGAUUUUUUAAACUGGAUUUCAGAAAUCUGAGUUCAGAAAUCUGCUAAAUCUAUAAUUAAAGGACAUGGGCAUGAGUUGAUGUAAUCCCUGCAGGAGGUGGGCUCCCAAAGUUUAGUGGAAAUAAGCACCAGUUCAGCUGGCACAGAUUAUAGAGAGGCAGCACUCUCAAGGCCCAUUUUCAGCUGAGACAUUUAAGGUGGGCAUGUUCCUUUUGAAGGGCUGGUGGUUACACUCCCUGUGACUCAAAAGCAAAAUGAAGAUCAUGAGAAGGGUUUUUGAAUUGUAUUUCUGUUAAAGCUGGUUCCAUCUCCCUCACCCCCUUCUUUAAUAAAGAAAAAAAAUACCCCAAACAGGAGGUGCACUUUUUGGACAUGAACAGGCCUAAAGCACAAACCCUUCCCCUCUGAGCUCCCCCUGCUUCUGUGCUGUCACUGUGCAUGUACUGUCUGCGCAUCUUCAGGGACACCAGGGGCAUCAGCUCUAACAGCAAAAGGCCACAGAACUGUCUCCUGCUUGUUUCCAUGUUAUGUGGUACUGAAAUGCAAUUUCUUGUCCAUGCAUUACUAAUUAAAACUCUUUAAAAUUA